CUCUUGAGACGAAAAAGCAUCACAGUUUCCUAAACAAGUGGUAGCUUUAUGUAGUUAAUUGGUAAAAGAAAAAUUAAUACAUUUUCACAGGUGCAGUCACAAAACUACAACUAAGCAAAAUUAUUAUUGUCUGGCUUCUGGCGGAAGCUAUAGAUAAGAGUUUCGGCUACCAUGGCUACGGUACGCAUACCUAAACAAAAGGUGAUACUUUGCGGCGAUUAUGGUGUGGGAAAAAGUUCAUUAUUUCGUCGCUUCACCAACAACACAUUUGUAACAGACACAGAUCGCAAAUCAACAUUGGGUUUGGAUCAUAUAGACCGUGACUACACUGUGGGUGAUAAACAAAUCAAGCUACAAUUAUGGGACACAGGCGGCAUGGAACGUGUUGCAUCUGUAACAUCGUCUUAUUACAAAUUCGCUGAAGGUGCCAUACUCGUAUUCGCCAUGGAUAAUGCCGCCUCAUUUCAUUCAUUGUCACAACACUUAUUGGACAUUGUCACCUAUGCCGAAAAUGCAAAAAUAUUCAUUUGUGGCAAUAAGAGUGAUUUGGCCGAGCGUGAACCACAAGUGAGCGAUGCCGAAGUAGAAGCAUUUUGCGAACAGUGCCACAGUUUAAUUAGUGCUACUUAUAAAACAUCUUGCAAAACACCGGAUGGUGUUGAGGAAAUGUUUCGUGAUAUAUCUCGUAUACUGGUGGAUGCUAAUCGCUCUAAAAUGGAACUGCAAGCAUUGGAACAGCACAGCUUCAAAAUUGACUCGGCAGCUGAAGCUGAGACGAGCGAAGAAAAUUCACAGUGUAUUUGCUAGCAAAUGGGGAAUGUGGAGUUCGGUUAAAGAGAAGUAAGAACGAACUUCAUAUAAUGGUUAGAAGUGGGUGUUAGAAGUCUUCUGCGCUUCUGUAUAUUUAGUUAUUUAUUUAUUUAUUGGUGUUAAAAAUUAUUUAUAUUUUUUAUAUAAAAACAAAAACAACUUA